ACUCGAGAGCGGGACUUACCCACGUGCUUUUUAUGGAGGAGCGAAAAGGGCCCCAUGGUCACUUCCUGGAUGUGAGAGAUGAGGAAACAGAGGGGUAACGGUACUGAAGCGCUUUCUCUUGUGUCGGUUCAGUAUCGUUCUGGAACAAUGAACAACGCUGGACUUUAACUCGUGGUUUUACAGUACUCACAGUGAAGGAUGCAAGGUGCUAUUGCGCGGGUUUGCAUGGUGGUAGUAGCGGCUAUCCUCCACCACCCGCUGCUCUUCCCUAAUGAGAACACCACCAUCCCUGAGCAAGAUGAUGAGCUCCUGACCCGGAUGAAGGAGCACCAGGAGAAGCUGGAGGCCGAACAGAAGCGCCUGGAACAGGAGAUCUCUCAGACAGAAACAGCUUUGAUUGGUGAUCAGGACAGUUACAGCUGGUACUUUUGGAGCUCUCUCUGCCUAGUCAUUUUCUUCACAAUUGAGGUAUGCAGGCAGGAUAUGAUCCCAACUGAAAUGCCGGACCCCAUGGAAGAUGAAGAUGGAGAUUCCAGUGCCGAAUAUCUCAGCGCUAAGACUUUAGUCCUCGAUAAAGGUGUCCUAAGUAACUUCUGCAAGACCCGCUUCCAUCCUUUCAUCCACGAGAGCGGGAGAGUGCGAGAGUUUAUCAAGGGCUUUGCAGAUGAUCUGCUCGAGGCUUUGAGAAGUGUUUGCGAUCGAGAAUCUGACCUGGAAGUCGAGGACUUUGUUGGCAUAGGCAGUAUGUUUGAGUCUUGGAGGGUGACUAAACCUCCAACAUGUGACCUCAUUGUGCCUUUUGCUCCUCCACGGUCAUUCAGGUUUCAGUUUCAGCUCUGGUGCGACCCCUCCACUGAAAUCCCACUGGACUUGCAAGGAUGUGGAAGGAUUAAACUAAUUAAACCAGGUGGGAAUGGCACAGACUGUCUUUGUGCCGCAACCAAUCUCGGCGAUGAUAUGCUGUGUCUGCUUCACAAUAGAAAUGAGUGUGAAAAGCUUGAGGAACUCAAUUCGGUGGAGCUCCUUUGUGCAAAGAACACCUUAUAUUUGUCGAAAGAUCAGAUCAUGACAUGGUUCCAGAUCUCGGUGAGCAAAGCAUGGGGCCAGAUCUCUCAUAAAUACGAUUUUGAGCUGGCAUUUCGGAACCUGGACGUCCCUGGAGCUCUGAAAAUCAGAUUUAGGUCUGGAAAGACUGUCGUUCUUAACAUUACCCCUGCUGUUCAGUUUGAGGACACGGAUGCUUACCUCAUCUCUCAUUUCCCAUCUGACAUUAGCAACUCCCCAGACACUCUCUGGAAACUCUCACUAACUGUUUAUGAAAAGAAUCUGCUUAAACAUCUAGCAAAACAUCUUCCUACAAAUUCAUGUCAUGUUCACUGUCUUCAGAUAGUUUCCUUCUUGCACAAAAAGCAGACGGCUUUGACUGGGAGAAGCGCCUUUUCUAAUUACCAUAUAAAGACUGCGCUGCUGCAUCUGCUGUUGAGUAAACAUCCUGCGACGUGGCAGCCACAGAAUCUCGAUCACAGAUUACGAGAUCUACUCGGCUUCCUUCAGCUAAGCCUGGGGGAAAAGAGACUCUAUCACAUAGUUGUCGGGAACCCUCGCAUCCCGGCUGAAAUUCUGGUUCCUGAAAUAAUCCGUACUGCAGAGCCGGUAAACCUGUUUAGGCCUCUAGUGUUGCAGAGGCAUGUAUAUGCCAAAAUGGAAGAGCAUUUUCAAGAGAUGGUCAGAAAUACCUCUGUGCUUGUACAGGAAUAUACCCCACACUUGUCUAAUGGUUACGUGAGACAUUAGUUUAGCAGACCCAGACGUGGAUUUACGCAAUGAUCUGGCUUUGAGUGUUGGGGAUUUCUACAGACUUAAUUACAUGAUGACGUUUUGCACCUUAAAUGUAAGCGACAUUUUAAGCACUGUCCGUUACUGAUGCUAUAUUGAUAUGUGGGUGUUUCUUCAACUAUGGGACUUUUCUGUCCCAGGGGCCAAAUUUCAACUUUUUACAUAUAUGUUAUAGGUAGGUCAGAUUAAAGCAGUCUUUAUUUGCCUUUUUUAUUUAUCGUUACUCUUUCUUUUUUCCCAGACUGAGACUUUCAAUCUUCAAAUAUAAAAUCCAUCAUAAAAGAAUUUAAUAAAUUACAACAAAGAGUGAAUUAUACACAAUCUUCAAUAUUUAUUUUGCCAAAACAAAUGAACUGAUCAUAUAAAUUUGUACACAUUAAAAAUUUUGAGUUUCGGUAUCAUUUCCUUGAUAACAAACAAACUUGGUGUCUUAAUGUAAUAAUAAUAAUAAUAAUAGUAAUAAUAAUAACCAAGAUUAUUUCAAAAGUUAAUUUAUUUUUUACAAAGGGGACAGUGUCAGUGAAGAGCAUUCUGGAGUUGAAAUAAGAUGUAUUGUGUGAAGAAAAUCAAUGUAAAUAUGACCUUAGAACAGUUAAUAUAGCAUGCAUCAUGUUAAGCUGUAAUUUUUCUUAAAUUAUGCAAAAAGUAAAAAGAAGUGUGUAUUUAAAAUAUAUAAAAUGCUUGCUGUGAAAUUGUCAAAAACAAAGUUUUUUCAAAGGUUUAAUAAUUUCCACCACUGAAGGUUACCAAACACAAUACAUAAUUCGAGAUGUGAGUGAAAUUAAUUGCUGCUAUAAAAUAAUAGGAUUUUAAGGAAUUUUAUUUUUUUACACAGGGACAAAAGUGGCCAUGGUUGGAAAAAAAAACACCCACUUGCUAUACAUCAUUAUUCUGGCAGCUGAUUCAGGAUCUUUGAACCAUGCGUUAUUGUAAAU